UAACAGACAACACUCCAACAGUUUAAGGAACCAAAUAACAUUAACAGGUUCUCUUUUCAUCGAGCAGCAUCCGCACCCUGCCUCCGAGGCAAGCGAGGACUCAUUGUUUCCAUUUCUGAGAGGGGGAAGUAACUGCCAAGGGAAUAAUGUAAUCUAUGAAAAGACCAUAAGAAAAUAUGAGUUGCUAAAUCCUGAACAGGAGAAACAAUACCAGUUUUCUAACCAGUCCCAGCUUAGCCAUCAGUGCCAGCAGUCUGAACAGUGCCAUACCAAUCAUCAAUGCCAGCAGUCUGAACAGUGGCAUGCUAUCCAUCAGUGCCAGCAGUCUGAACAGUGCAAUGACAUCCAUCAGUGCCAGCAAAGACAAACUUGCAGUCCCUGCGAAAUAAGCUCAAUCUCUGUGACUGAUGGUGGAAGAGGAAUGAACACAGUGAGGAGGGUAACAGUCCAUAGCGCUGAACCAACACACUCUCUUCAAGAAGCUAAUGACCAGCUGGACUCCAAAUAUUUUGGCGAGCUACUUGCUGAAGUGAACCGCAAGAGCAAUGACCUAUACAGCUCUUUACUGCAACAUGUGGAAAAGAUAGGAAGAAGGACGCAAGACAUUGAAUCUACAAAUCAAGAAGAAGAUAUUGAAGAUUUGAUUCCCAAAGGACUUUCGGAGUUGACAAAGCAGCAAAUUCGAUAUCUCCUGCAGAUGAGAGUGACAUCUGAUAAAUCACUGCGACUUGUACUUUCUACUUUUGGCAGUUUGCGUGAGGAGCUGUGCCACCUACAAGAUGACUUGGGGAAAUUGGAAACCGACAAGAUGUUACUAGAGAAAGACCUGGCUUUUAAAAAAUCUCAGGUGAAGGAGUAUGAAACACUCUUCGCGUCUAUGAGAGAGAAUAAUCGCCAGCAGCAGAAAGAACUCCGAGAUAGUGCUGCAAAAUGUCGUUCAUUGGAAGAAAAGAUCUUCUCUCUCCAAUAUGCUGAGGGAGAGAAGGAGUGCCGGAUAAAAGAGCUGGAGUACUGCAAGCGUGCGCAGGAACAAGAUAUCCAGAACCUGAGAAUGCAGACCUGUUCUAAUCCAGUGCUACAAGCCACCACAGAUGAGCUUUCUAGUCGUUACGUGGAGAUGAUUAACAACUUGAGAGAGGAUAAAGAUAGAGAGAUCCGUAAUCUUAGGUCCCAGAUAAACCAGUUCCAGCAAGAUAUUUCAAGAAGAGAUGGAUGUAACAGUGACAUCCAUAUAAGGCUGCAUGAACUGACUUCAAUGUUGGAAGAAAAGGAGACUUUUAUUAAACAGCAGCAAGAGGAACUCUUCAGGUUGAAGCAAGAAAGAUUCUCAUCUGAUCAAUCCACAGCUGUAACAAAGUCUAUCAUCACCAAAAAGUACAUAAACCAAUAUCCAAUCCUUGGUCUCCUGUCUGAUGACUUCUUGAUGACAUCAUCAAUUAGACAAACAGACUAUUGAGGAAACUGAAGCAAUGUAGAAAAACAUGAGUGAACAGAUUCAGUGAAGGUCCCAGCUGCUCAAAAAAGCUCACCAAAUUACUGUAUUAUUGCUUUACUUUCUCAUCAUUAAAAGGUUCAGUCUAAUAUUUAGAACCAGCUUUUCCCUGAACUUCUAUCGAAGUGUGUGUGUUAAAAGAGACAUGCAGUGGAAAAUAAUGGAUUGUGAAAAGCAGUGGCUGACUUUACUUAAAGCAAGCAAUUAACUUUAUCUGAUGAACAUGCAUUUUUCAUAGUCUGCUUAUUACAACCACUGUCUCAUUUUCGUAACACAAUACCCAGCAUUACAUGCAGUUAAAUCUCCUACAUUCUCUAUGGAGAUGAAAAGCAACUGGCCGAAUCAUUUAUGAAGUUCAGUCCUUUCAGACCACACUAUGUAAAGCAAUAAUUUCCAUUCCUGUUACGUAUUGCAUACUAAGAAGAGUGGACCAACCUUUCUUCCCCUAUUUAGUUUGCAUAUGGCAUAUUGGCUUUUUCUCUGCAUGCAUGGUAAAUAAUACCAGUUAUGAAAAGUAGAAGGCAAAAUUACAUUGAUUACAAAUGAUGUGGCAAAGUUUGAUAUAUGCCUCUGUGGUAAGCCUAUUCGCAUAUCUUGCAAAGGUAUGUUCAUGAUGUUCAUACCCCAAAAAUGGAUAUUUUUAUGAUACACUUAAGUGUUUACAAGAUUUUCUAGCUGUAGAAACUGGUAUCGCUAUUUUAAAGUGUGUUACUUUACUACUUCACAGAACUCACAUUGGUUCCAGUAGUGCACUUACGUUUUCUCAUCUGUCCAUACUGAGAUCAAAUGCUAAGUGCAGCCAUGAGAGGUGUAUCUAGAACUUAUGGAGAAUACAUUUAAAAAAAAAUGCAUACAGAAAACAAACUGGUAUGUUUGCAAGAUUAUCUCAAAAAUGCAUGAAAAAUUCUAAAGAAAAAGUUACCUUUCUGAAAACACAACAUUUUUCUACAUAAAUUAACCAAAAUGCUUUAACCUGGGAGCAAUUCCAUGCCAGAUAAUUUCUGUUAUCCAGCUCCUCACUGUUGGGCCACAAGUGGUGAAUGCUAGUUUACAGGAUUAUAUUGCCAGAUUAGCAGAUAUAUUUUACAAAAAACAUCUAUAAACUUUUAAAUUUAAGGCAACUAAGUUUUUAAAAAGUGCACUUGAGAUCAUAUGAAUAGGUUUUUGACUGAACGUUUAUAAACUGAAAAACAGUUGCAACUAUCCAUACCAUGGCAUAGUUUAAGAUCCUUGAAAUUUACUUGUAAAUCAAAAUUUCAAGGAUGUGGUGUAGAGAUUCUAUUAUAGUGGGAAAAGUAGAAUGAAAAUAGUGCUUGGGUCUAUCUAUAUUCUCUGUUGUUAAGGGAGCAAAAUUGCUAUUUGAUUCAGGACCACAGAAUGUGUUCCAGUGAUUUUGGUAUAAGUAAUAUAAUGGAGUGGGGUUUGAAAGAAAUACAUAGAUACCGGGAAGAGAGGAAUUAAGGGAUCUAUAAUACUUAAAUAGGUGCGAGUUUUUCGUUGCUUUUGUAAAGGUUUUCUUUUCUAUAUUUCUGCAAACUAAUUGUUAUAUUAUAGGCAGUUGGAAUUCAUUUUAUAUCCACACAGAUGGUCAAUAUGUGUGUUGGUGAGAGCACUUGUGAGCUAUGGAUGAGAACAGCUGUGAAAUAAACAUCUGUCUAUUAAUAAGUGUG